AUGCCUCAUCCCACAAUGGAGACUAUCAACCCAGCACUGUUGAUGCGCCAAGCAUCCCAUGCUCCUCCAAGUUCAAACAGACCAUCAAACCCAGCAAUUGCAAGCCAAUUUACUGGACCAGUUCAACAGGCUACUCCACCGUCCUCGCCAUACCCCAAUAGCGAAAGGCAAAGCGCCUGGAUGGGAAGUGUCGGCUUCACAACUCGCUUCACUAGAGACAGUAUGGGAUACGGUCGAGCAAUUUCAGAAACACAGGCUACCGCCUAUGAACCCGAGCCCCUUCAGCCUCUGUUCGGAAGAUCGGUUUCCCUAUCGCCCUUGCCUGAGCCCAGAAGCGAAAACGCGCAGAUACCAUCGGGAAAUAGGAUGGGAGGGGACUUGGCAUGGCUAUAUGGGCGGCCACAGUCAGGAUACAUUCAGGGACAGAAUGUUAUUAUUUGCAAUGGUGAACAAAGAAUAGUGGCGGAAAAGAUGUACAUCAGUCGUGGUUUUAGAGGAGCUGGGACGAGUCGUUAA